AUUAAAACAAGACUCCAUUUUGCGGUCGCAACGAACAGAGAAGGAAGGUGGUGAGAACUCUGCUCGCAGCAAGAUGGAACUGAACCAGGAGCAACUGGUGCAUGAGCUCGAACGCAAGCACAUGGCAACCUCGGAAGCGCUUCUAGCGUCCAAGGCCCGCGCCGAUGCGCUGGAGGCGGAGGUGCAUAGCUUGAAGGCCGACGCGGAGGUGCAUUUGAAGCAUCUCCAAGGCGCCAAAUCUGCCGAGCAUGAAUUGUCGAUUGAACUCGCACAGAUCACGCGGGAAAAGGCGCAGCUGGAUGUGCAGUUGCACAGUGCCUUGACGUUGUCGGACCAACGUCUCGAAGAAGUCCGUGCCGAACGAGAACACGCCGCGGAUCAAGCCAAGAAACUAGUCGAGCUGCAAACAAGCGAGACCCGCGCCCUCCAGGCCCAAGCCCAUCUUGAAGCGAAGCUUUCCCCUCUGCAGUUGGAAGUCGCGCGUCUGCACAAGGACCGUGAACACGACAAGGUGCAAGUCGAAGAACUCCAGAAUCGGUUGGUCGAGAAGAGCAAAGCGUUGACCGAGUUCCGCUUGAAGCACAACAAAAAGCUCUCGGAAGUGGAGCACCAAAACGCGAGCUUGACCGAAGACGUGGACGAGCUGAAGAAGUCACUGCAGCGCGUGACGGCAGACAACGCCGCGCUCAAGGACGAGUUGCGCAUUGCGCGCGAAAACGCGAUGGAGUUGCAUGCCGAGCAUUCCCGCGCGCUGGGCCAUCUCGAGAAGGAGCUGUCUGCGCAACAUCGCCUCACGGACCUGUACAAGGACGCGGCGAGCGACUCGAACCUCCAAGUGGAAUCGUUGCAUGCCAAGUGCGAGACGCUGCAGACGGCGCUCCAGGAGGCGGAAGACGCCUUGGCCGAGGAAAGCCAGAAAGUGCGCGAAGAAACGCAGGCGCACACGAUGCAUCUGUUCACGGAGCAGACGCAGGUGUCGGAGAAGAAGAUCGACGAGCUGGACGUGGCGCUGCGCAAGGCACUGGCGCGGGUGGCCGAGCUCGAGGCCGCGCAGUCGGCGGCGGCGACACAGGUGGCGACAAUUGCGGAUCUGUCGCCGACCGCAGGGGACUUGCACUUGGCCACGCAUGGGCUCAGUCCCACAGACAUGUACAACCGGAUCGUGGAGCUGGAUAAGCAAGUUCUAGACGAGCGCGCGACCAAAGAAACGCUGGAAAAGUACCUCGAGCGCAUCCUGAACGAAGUCACAUCCAAGGCGCCGUACUUGGAUCGGCUCAAGAAGGAGAACGCGCGGGCGUUGGCGGCGCACGACCAGCUCAGCGAGCGGCUCGACGUGUGCAUGCACGACCUCUCGCGUGCACGGGAGCACCUCCGCGGCGCGCAAGCCGACAAGAAGGCGGUCGAAUCUGAACGCGACGCGCUGCAGCAGUCGGUGGCCGACCUGUCCAAGCAGAUCCAGCAGCUGCUGUUUCAGUCGCUGCAAACCCAGUCAUCCAACACCACUAGUGUCGUGGUGGACUCGUCCGAGAGCCUCGUCGUGUUCCGCAACGUGGACGAGCUGCAGACACGCAACCAGCAGCUUCUGCGCAUCGUGCGCGAACUAUCCGAGGCCAAGGGCGGCAACUCGACGGGCGGGUCCGUGGUCGUCACGAUCGAGCCGGAUGAUGGCGGCAUGUGCACGUCGGCGCAGUGGGAAAAGGUCCAGGAUGAGCUCACGACACUGCGCGCCGAGCGCGAGCGCGAGCAGGAGAUGGUGGCGGCCGUCGUCAAGCAGCGAGACAUGUACCGCGUGCUCCUGUCGCAGGCCGACUCGCGGGUCGUGGACCACCAUGCGACACCGUCGUCGUCGCCCCCCCGUCCGUCGUCGCUGCUCUCGCCCACCGAGUCGCACGAGGCGCGCAUGUUGCGGGAGCUGCGCUUGGAGUACGACGAUUACAAGAAGGAAAAGCAGGCGGUGGUCACGGAGCUGCGCGACACUGUGGAUGGCCUCCGCGUCGAGUGCUCCAAGGCCAAAAUGGGCGGCCUCGAGGCCAACGUCCACGUCAAGACGCUGACUGACAAGGUGGCGAUCGUCGAGGCUCGCAAGGCCGACGCGGACAAGGAACUCGCGCGGUUCCGGUCGAAAUACGACCAAAGCAACGCGUUGCUCAUCCAGACCCAGCAGCAGGCGGCGGACCUGAACGCCAAGCUGGACGCGAGUGUGGCAGAGGUCAAGGCCCUCCACGGGGACCUUCAAAAGACCAAGUCGGAGCUCGCGUUCCUAACAUCUCAAGACGAACGCCACCGCGUGGAGCUGGCGACCGUGCGCGCCGAGCAGACGUCGCAGCUCAAGCUCAUGGAGGCGGUGCACCGCAUCGAGGCGCACCAGACGGACCGCCAGGCGCACGAGCUUGAUCGGCUCUCGGCGCUCGCGACCGGCCUGCAGGUCAAGCUAGCCGACAAGCAGCGCGCGCUGGACGACGCGCAGAGCCUCGCCAGCGCCAAGAUCGCAGAGCUGACCCUCGAAGCCAAGCAAGUGCGCAAGGUGCUCGAUGCAGAGAAGUCGGCGCACGCUGCUGUCCGCGAAGUGAAGGCAGGUUUGGACGAACAGGUCAAAGCAUUGAAUGGGCAGAUUGCAUCGCUGAGCCAGGAAGUGGCGGGUCUCAAGGUCCAGCUGAAAAAGGGCGCGGGGGUCGCCGCCGCCGAGCGGGUGUCGUCCCUGGAAACCCAGCUGCACGACGCCAAGCAAGAAUUGCACGCGGCAUUGGCGGCCAAGCAGACGGCGGAGCUGCAUGCGGACCAGUACAAGGUGAUUUCAGAAGCCAACGAAAAGUCAUUUGCGGUGCUGUCGGCGUCGAGUGAAAAGCUCCAGGCCGAGCACGACGCCGCGACCAAGUCGAUCGCGGACGAACUCGCGACCGCCAAGCACGACUUGGCCGAGUUGCAGACGAAGAUGCUCAACAACAUCGCCGAGGAAAACAAGCUGCGCGACGAAAUGGACUCGUGGGACCAGACCAAGCGCGAGGAGCUGCGGCAGUCGCAUGACCGCGUCGUGGUGGCCGAGAGCCAGCUGGCAUCGUGCAAGCAGGAGCUGGCGACGGUCAAGGACAGCUUGGCGGCGCUCCAAGCCGAUUUGACCACGGCGCAGGACAACUAUAGUCGCGAGCUACAGGCCCACGCCACCGCCGAACAGACUCUGAACGACCUCCGCAAGCAAGUGGACGCAGCCGCCAAGGCCACCAAGGCCGCGGAAGCCCAGCGGGACGAACUGCAGCACGCGCUGGACGGCGUCGACGCCCAGCACACCCGCGUGGCCGACACGCUCAAGGGCGCGCUCGCCGAAUCGCAGGCCGCCGUCGAGUCGCUGACCGAGCAAAAUGCGCUGCUGCACUCGCAACUGGACGUGCUGACGCAAGAUUUCAACCGGCUGCACGAGGCCGCAACGUUGAAAGCGUUCCAUGACAGAGAUGUCACUCCCGAGACCGAACACGACAAGCAAGUGCGCGAACUCCGCGGCAUCAUCUCGAGCUUGCGUCGGGACGUGGAGAUCGCGCACUCCAAGAGCGACGUGGCCAAGCAGGAAGUGCUGCGCCACCAAACUCAAGUCAAGUCGCUCGAGAAGGCGCUGGACCGCCUCAAGGCCGAGUACCAAGUGGUAUCGCAAGAACAGGCCAAGAUCUUGACGGCGUCGGAGCAAACGAAGCGAUCGGCGCAGCUGGACACGCUCAGCUUGUUGCGGGAAAGCAACGCGAUGCUCCGCGACGAGAACGACAAGAACCUGGCCAAAGUCAGGGAAAAAGACGCGGUGAUUGCCAGUUUGGAAGCCAAGAUCCAGCCGCUGCAAACGUCCGAGAACAUGCUCAAGGCGCAACUGCAAGCGCUCAAGGAAGACGUCGAAAGCGUGACCCAAGCCAACAAGCGGUGGAAGGACCGGGUGAACCAGUUGAUUGAAAAGUACCAGCAGAUUGACCCGGCCGAGCACGAACAAGUGUGCUUGGAGCGAACGCAAUUGAAAGCCCGGGUGGACGAGUUGGUGGCGGCGACACAGGCCGUGUCGACCGAAGACAAGAAGCGCAUCGAGGAGCUGGUGACGGAGAAGAAGCACGCGGAAGAGCGACUGGCUAGAAUGCGCCUGUUUGUCAAGGACUGGCAGCAGCAGGCCAAGGCGGCCAAAGAGCGCGUGGCCGAGCUGGAAGCCACGAAGUCGGAGACCGAAUCGAACGAGAAGGCCGCUCUGGAAGACAAGGUCAAGGCUCUGGACGACCAAGUCAAGGCUCUGGACCAAAAGGCCAAGCUCAGCGACGAAAGACUCAAGUUGGCCGAAGCGGAACUCAAAGCCAAGCUCGAGUCGGAGACCAAGAAGAACAACGCGCUCAAGGACAUGAACACGAAACUGCUCCAGCGAUGCAACGCGUUCCGACAGGAGAUUGCCGAGCUCAAGACAGCCACCCGCGUACUCGAGGCCCCAGAGCCAACGUCAGUAGCGGCGGAACUGCCGACUACCAAGGAGGAUGCGGCGGUCGAGGCGGAGCAACCGCCGCCGGUGGCUGCCCCGGUGGUCACCCGACCGCUGCCUUUGGUGACGGAACCCGUGGUGGAGGCACCCGCUGCUGCUGUCAACCCUCCCUUGCCCCCAGCUGAAUCUCCUGUCGUCGUCCCCGUCGCGGCGGCGGCGGCGCAGCUUCCUUCUCCGACCCCCCCUGUCCCCCCUGAAGAGCCCAAGGCACCACCCGCUGCCGACGACCCAGAAAAGAUCCGCGAACUGGCGUUGCGGACUCUGCUGAUGAAGUCGAAGAAACUAGCCAAGGAACCGACCCCCCCUCCGGUGCCCUUAGUCGCACCCCCCGCUGCCCCUUCGCCCGCCGAAGUAGUAGCGACGACAGACGUGGCGCCCACCACGGAAGCCCUCUCGGUGGACGUGUCUACCGCAGUCGUGUCGGCGUUCAGCAGCAGCAGCAGCACGACGUCCAUUGCCACCACGUCGGCUUUGGACCCCUCCGCACCCGUGUUCACGUCGGGGUUCGGUGCGUUCGCCGCGUCCAAGGGCCUGGCUUCCUUUGGCGCGUUCAAGCCCAAGUCGGCCGAGGCCACCUCCGCCACUGCUCCUGUUGCUGCCGCUGCGUCGGCCGCCAAACCGUCGAACCCGUUCUUGAACUUGGCACCUCCGUCGGCAUCUGGAAGCACACCGGCGCUGGUGUUUGGCAAGCCCAACAUCACGCUGCCCGUGCCCACGCUCUCCGACGCCAGCCAACCGGCCCUUGUGGUGGACCGCGAAGCCGAAGAAUUGAAGCGCCAGGAGCGCGCGUUGCGAUUCAACGCCGCCGCUGCCGCCGCCGCGGAAAAGUCCAACAAACGCCCGGCGGCUGGAGCGGCCGACGCGCCUCCGCCGACCAAGAAGGCCAACACGGAGGCUGUCGAGGAUGAGGAGAAGGACGCGGCUCCCGACAACCAGCAGACGCCACCCGGCGCAGCAGAUUAAGCGAUGAUGCACGUUGAUAUAUAUCGUAGACAAUCUCGAUCUUGUAUUGGAAUUAACGUAGUGUAGAGGAUGCCACGAUAUUCUGUCAGAACACGGACAUUGUGCCAGGAAAAAGUUGAAAUUUUCAAAAAAUGUGAGCCUGGAUGCCUCAGAAA